CGGGGGUUGAAAGUUCCCGGCACGAACAGCGGGAGUAUGAAUUUUCGAUCGACCGUUGAUUUCAUUUCCCGCCCUAUUGCUUUUGGUUGAUGUAUUCGAGGCUUCGAGCUGCGACGAACACUGGCCAUGGCUUCUUCCCUCAUUCGAAGGCAAACAUACUCAUACUCGCCCUAUCUCCGGAAUCUCUCUGAUGCUAUGAAGCCCUUACCAUUGCACGUGCAACUGAAUCUCUACUCAUUGACGAGUGUUUGGCGUGAUCUAAGGCGUUUUAACAGCUCCUGUGGUGCAUCAAAAUUUGACUUGACUGACUUAAGUCAUCCUCAUACUUGGUAUCCAAAUGCACGGAGAAAGAAGCGCAAUGUUAUUAUGCAUGUGGGUCCUACAAACAGUGGUAAAACAUACCAUGCACUAAAACAAUUAGAAUCAAGCACUACAGGGGUAUAUUGUGGGCCGUUAAGACUGCUGGCGUGGGAGGUGGCAAAAAGGUUAAACAAGGCAAAUGUCCCUUGCAACCUGAUUACUGGACAAGAGAGAGAAGAGAUUGAUGGUGCAAAACACAAGGCAGUAACUGUUGAAAUGGCUGACAUAACCUGCGAAUACCAGUGUGCAGUUAUCGAUGAAAUUCAGAUGGUGGGGUGUAAAACGAGGGGUUACUCAUUCACGCGUGCGUUAUUAGGGAUUUCCGCAGAUGAACUUCACCUUUGCGGGGAUGCAGCUGCGGUUCCUCUUGUCCAAGAAAUACUUAAAGUAACGGAUGAUGCCGUCAAGGUUGAAUGUUAUGAGAGGCUCUUACCUCUAAUUCCUUCAAAGGUUCCACUUGGAUCCUUUGAUAACAUACAAACAGGAGAUUGUGUUGUAACCUUUUCACGGCGCCAGAUUUACAAAUUAAAGAAAAGGAUUGAAAAUGGGGGCAAACAUCUUUGUUCUGUCGUCUAUGGUUCACUUCCACCAGAGACUCGAACCAGGCAGGCGACAAUGUUCAAUGAUGAAAGCAGUGAGUUUGAUGUUCUUGUGGCUAGUGAUGCCAUUGGAAUGGGUCUCAAUUUGAACAUUUUGAGAAUCAUAUUUGCAACAUUGAAGAAGUUUGAUGGCAUAUGCAUGCGGGAACUUACUGUACCAGAGAUCAAACAAAUUGCAGGGAGGGCCGGAAGGUAUGGCUCUAAAUUUCCUUUUGGUGAAGUGACUUGUAUUGAUGCUGAGGAUCUACCUUUACUUCAUUCAUCAUUGGAAUCUCCUUCUCCUGUUUUGGAGCGUGCUGGACUGUUUCCGACCUUUGAUCUCUUGUCUUUGUAUUCACGUUUACACCCAACGUACAGUUUCCACAAUAUACUACCACCGAUACACGGUGUGGAUCACCUGAUGAGUGGGCCAUUUGAACAUGCCCCGGCCACAAAGCAAGCUUCAUUCCUUGAACAGUUCUUAGAGAAGGCAAAAUUAUCUCCAAACUAUUUCAUUGCUAAUUGUGAAGAAAUGAUGAAAGUUGCUGCUGUUAUUGAUGAGUUGCCUCUUGUGUUGCGAGAUAAAUACCUUUUCUGUAUGAGCCCAGUUGACAUGAAUGAUGAUAUUUCCACCCAGGGCCUCAUACAGUUUGCAGAAAGCUAUUCAAAGAAAGGGAUUGUCCGACUUAAAGAAAUAUUCACUCCUGAGACACUCCAGGUCCCAAAAUCGCAGGAUGAGCUGAAGGAGCUCGAAUCUGUUCACAAGGUUUUGGAACUGUAUGUUUGGUUGAGUUUCCGGCUGGAGGACUCCUUUCCCAAUCGUGAGCUCGCUUCUUCGCAGAAGGCAAUGUGCAGCCUAUUGAUUGAAGAGUUCUUGGAGAGGCUGGGAUGGCAGAAACCAAGGGCGAAAGGGUUGUUUGAACGGUCGACUCAGAGGUCCUACUCGAGUAUUUGAGCAAUACUGAGAUUCUCCUGUCUCCACCCUCUAUUUCAUGCUAAUUUAAAAUUUCUCAGUCUUUGUUUUUGAGAGCAAGGUUCUUGUAUUUUUCUGGGUCUCAAUGCAUGGCUCAGUGGUGUCACACUUCGUUUCAACACUGAAGUCAUGGGUUUGAGUGCCCAUGUGGGGUGCUUGUGUGGUGUGUGUGGGGGGUGGGUGCGUGUGUUAAAAAGGAAAAAAAUAGGUUCUUGUAUUUUCUUAUGUAGUUGUCCCUUUUAUACCCAAGGAAUUAGAGGUAGAAUGACCUGAGGUUCUGCAUGGUACACAGAAGUUUUGAAUUCUGAUGAGUGGGGCCUAUUUUCAGUAAUCUAGACCACUGGUCUGUUGGGUUCCACCGUGUAUAUGCACCAUGCCCCUAAAAUCUCCUCAAUAUGACCCAUAAAUAGAUGGGUAAAAAGAGAAAUACAGCAAAUCCACAUUCAACUGGAAAAAAAAAAGGGUCCUGGGGACUGGUUUGGGUAUUUUCCAAUCUGGGAAUUUUUUGGGCCAUGGUCCAGCCAAUGUGGCGUGCACCGGAAUGAUCGCCUGGAUUACAGAAGCAUGGGUGGCACCCUCAGAAUAGAAAAUCUAUGUAUACUGUACAAAGCCUCAGGGCUCUGUCCUCAAAUUCAUCUUUGUAACAAAUUUAUUUUCUCAUUCUACCCUCGUGAUACUGUAUUUUAUUUUCCAUUUAUUCAAUAAAAUCUUUCAAAAUUUAUAGUUA